AUGGACGAGCUCGUUCACCAUUGUCUUCGUGAACUGUCGUUUGACGGUGAUCUCGGGUGUGACGUUUCGCGUUUACAAGAGUUUAUCACAGGCUUUUAUAAUGGUGCCUCAUCCGGCGCUCAAGUGAUCGACGAUGAUUUUUGUGCAUUUGUGUGGUCCAUCCUCUUGCAAAACCUUACUGUUCGAGUUGGGGUCGUGCCGCCUGGUGUCUCGUCUGAGGUUUACAUAGCACCGCAAAACAGUACAAGGCGGAAAGCUCAGUCCAACGGUGAAGAGCAUGUUGAGGCAUCCGCUCCCAACCUCGCGCUCAUUCCCGAUGCACGCCUGCGACCUUUGGGUGACCUGAAGGUCGAGUUUGGGGAUGCAUUACGUAUAGCGGUAGAUCCUGAGACUUCUUUUGCCGCCAUAACCGGUUCUCAUGUCAGGCCGUCGAAGUUGACACCCAUGGUUUACAGCGCCCUUCAGCUCAUCACUCGGGGCAGAGAAGAAGGUAUUAGCACCGUUGAGCUUGGAAAGAAAACAAGUUACGAUCAGAAGACCUGUUUUUAUCUCAUCAAACAGCUUCAAGAACUUGAUCUUGUCGUGAAAGUCCGUCGAGGCGGGGUCGGCAACCAUUGUUGCAUCCACAGGUUUUUCGUGGAGCGUAGUUCUUUUUGGCAGCAGCUUCGAGCAGAAGAAGCCUCAUUAGAAGGCAUAUCAGAAAACAAAUUAGCUGAAGGAUCCGAAGUUACUCAAGAAGACGGCGAAAGCGACGCUGAUGAAGAUCAGACACCCCUUACAGAUCUACAGUUCGAAGCUAUAGAUUCUAGACAUCUAUCAAGCCUCAUCCUCGUUCGAAGCCGUCUUGUGAAGCUGUUGAAAGCCUCGAAAAAUAACGUGCAUCCCUCGAACAAUUUAUUGGUUGCUAUUGGAUUUGCCAAUCCAACUAAAACUGAUCGGAGGUUUUUUCAAACACGGCUGCGUGAACUCAUCACCCAGGGAAUAGUAGAACGAGUUCUCAUUCCCAACAGCAAACUUCAAAAUCGCAUGGUAAAAUGUAUCCGUUUACUCGACGCCAAUGCUGCAGAACUUCCAGAGAACAAUCAUCAGGGUGAUGAAAUAGUUGCUGAGGAAAAUAUCGAUGUAAAGCAUACUGAAUUUGAACUUCCAGGAGUGAUGUGCAACCGCAGCCUUUACAAGCAGAUCAUUGACUUGAUAGAGUCCUCGGGAUCAGCAGGGAUGACACUGCAUGGAAUCUGCUCCACCCUUGGUAACUUUGAUAAGCGCACCGUCGAGCUGAUACUCGCUCGAGCUUUCAAGAGUUCAUUUCCAAGCCAUUUGAGCGAUUUGGGCGUAGCAGAUGUCAUGGAGACCUUUGGACGUGAACGUCGACACAGGUUCUAUACAGUGGCGGCUUACAGAACACUCAUGGAGAGCGAACAGCUAAACGAUUCAACUUCGACUUACGGUUCCGUCGACCUCUCAAAUGCGGGGGGCUUCGCUCCUGUGGAGCUAGAGUCGUUUUAUGGCGAUACUACCACGUUGAUUCGCCAUCAGGACACAUAUCAGAAAUCCGUCUCAAAAAGCAAGAAACGAAAGCGAGUUGACAAUACCUUCACCAAAGACGAUGGUCCGUCUGCUUCUUCGUCCAAACCGCGCAAAAAAUCUCGCAUCCAGGAGCCUCAUACCCCAAGCGAACCGACCAUUGAAGAUGUUGUGCAACCUCAACCGACUCCUAAGAAGAGGGGACGACCACGGAAGAACCCCGAACAAGCCGAAACAGCGAUCGAGGAAUCGCACCCUAAAAAACGCGGGCGUCCGCCGAAGGAGCUUCCCAGUAUAGCCAGCACAUCAGCUGCGAGUGUCGGUGGUACCCAAGGGCAGUUAAUCGAGGCGCCAGCACCCUCUCCUAAGGAGAAGGCUCCAGAGAAGCCUCGACGAAGGUCACAAAGAGAUAGAAAGGACGUGGAAAACACUUCAAAUCCGGAUGUUUCUGAAACACAACAUCAGCACAUCCAAUCACCAGUCACAGAAGCAAGGAUACCAGGGGAGCGCACCCCAAAUGCACCGUCACCGGUCAAAGAUGGUUCUGAAAACCUCAACAUGGUUCCGACUAAUGAUGUUGAGGCUCCCUCAACUGUCCCACCGGCAGUGACGGACAUAGCCAUAGAUCCCGCACUGAUGCAGAUUCCUGCCACCGGUACCACGCUAGACACAAUUCCUCCACCGCCUGUCGAUGAUGCAUUGUCUAUUGCAAAGCCGACGCCGGUAAAAGGGAAACAUCGCGCGAGAGGUGGGCGAGCUACUCGAGUGAACAUGAACAUUUCUCAUCUUCGACGUGAAAACGAACUUCUGCGAGUCAUCCGCGAGUCCGGUGGAAUUGUGAACCUACAUACAAGGAACUUUUGGGAUGCUCACCUUGCUCUACUUGACACAUUAUAUCAGGAAGGCGAAGCCGCUAGCGCGCCGCCAGGCGCCCGGCUCGACAAGCGAACUCUCGAUAACGCUGUUAAAAACAUGGAGAACAGUGGCAGUAUCAAGGUUCUCAAGACUUCCAUCAUGGCGCAUACAGGAGUCAGCCGUCAGACGACCGUGAUGUACCUUCCGGACCUCCCCCAAGAGACCAUCAACGAAUAUCUUCUGCACAUUAGUCAAAAUGCACCAGCUUAUAACAUCCCGCAGAUCAGGACCUACGAGGAGCCUAUAGACUUCGGACGAGAGACAUCUGUUGCUCAACGCUCGGCCCUCCCUCUGCAGCUUCUUCAAAGGGAUGACCCUGGAGAUGACCCUAACGAAAAGUGGACUAGGAACAUUGCAAGGGCUGAGCAGCUUUUUGCGUACGAUGCUGAAACCGUUCGGCAAGUUCUUCUGACGGAGAGGACCACUGUUGCCCAACUCUACGGAUAUGUAGUCGCCAAAGCCAUCCGGACGCGGGACAUGCACCUCUUGAGCGUUGAUCUCUUCAGUCCCGAAGUAUCUGCAGCGAAUGUGGUUUCAAAGGAGCACCGCAUCGUCCAUGUAUCAUACUAUCAUCAAGACAUCCCUCUUGUGCAAUAUUGUGCCUUGGUAUCCGUUCUCGCUGAUGACAUGGAGUUGAAGGAAUGCUUGGAUAAGGAAGGUGGCCUAUCCGCCGUUCAGGACUACCCCCAAUUCGACGCAUCCCUCCAACCUGGACGAUCGCGAUGUCGGUCCCGAAUUUUGGACAUGCUGGUGACACUACACUCGCUUGGCAUUGUCACUCCUUUGGAACCCGUCGAUGCUGCUGAUGCGGAGAUAACCUGUACUUCGACGACGCAUCCAUCCACGUAUAAAGCAGCAUCUAUGCAUGGAUGGACUGCCAACACUCCGCAGACAGCCCCUCAGUAUUGGAAGUUUGCUACCUCAGCGCCUAUUCAUUUGUGGGCUCUGUCGGAUACGCUUCCGCCGUUUUGGAAAAUUAUGCCGGUGUCUACUAGAGAAGAGGUCGCAGCGUACUGGAAAGAACUUCAAGAGGUUUGUUUGAACCGCGAUCAUGCCGAAUCGAUCGUCUGUCCCGGUCAAGCUGCAACGGGUGGACGGCGACCUGGCAUAGGAGCUGCACGAACUCUCCGGCGCAAAGCGUCGUGGGACCGUGCGUAUGUGCUCACUUGGCACCAAAAGCAGUUCAUGAACAAUGUCUUUAAAAGUGGCUCAUCCGCUUCGGAAGUCGAAGACUUUGCAGAGCAAACCUGUUAUGUCACAGGUGCGCCUCGGCAAACUGUAGUAGACUAUCUCUCGAACCCGAAGCAUGCUGCACGUCGUCAGGACGCGAAGCGGAAGAGGAAAGUCCAGACAGCAGAAGAAGAGGCCCAACGGGAUGCCGAAGGCAGACAAAGUCUUCGAGACAAGGCUCAGCAGAUUAAACGACAACGAGAAAAAGGCUGGGAUGAUCUCUUGCAGCGCAUUCAUCCAGAACCAAUUAUUGAGAGUGCCACUGUUCGCCUCAGAGCUGUACGCGGCCGUUUUCUUCAAUCUGGGUCCACGAAGAAUGCCGAAAAGUGGGAAAAAGAGGUCAAAGAAGCACUGGAUGAGGGAGCCGCAGUAAAGGUCAUCGCAGGCCCAAGUCGAGUUCGCCGCUUUAAGCCUCUUAACGUCACAAAGCCUUCCCGUCUUGAUUCGCUUGAAGGUACAAUCAGCAGAGCACCCUUCCAAUCAAUUCUGCCGCCGCCUGCAUCCAAUCCACCCGAAAAGAGUGUUGAACAGCUCGUCGCACAACAAGGAACGCCACUCGAACCCCAAGCGCAUAAGAAGAUUCGGCGGAAACCGAAGGGCAAGGGAAAGGAAAAGGCAAGGGAAGAAGACCCUGAGGACACGUCUAAGGCUCGUCGACCCAAGUUCCAUUGGACCCGCGAGUAUGAUGAACUAGUGCGAGACGCCUCAGCCAUCAUUCGGGCGCGGUGUCGUGUGGCAAACAGAUCCGACCUGAGCGCAUAUGACCAAGUUUUUCCUGCUGUUCCGCGUAACUCUGUCCGACAACGAGUGACCCACUUGCGAGAGAACCCAGUUGAUGACUCGUAUCAAAAACGGCUUGAGGAUCGUUGGUACGAACUCUGGAGUCGAUACAGAGGGACGGAUAUUCUACCAGAUGAAGAUCCUUUCAGCCCGUCGAACUUCGAACUUCCCAAUCACAUCGAAUUCCUGCGUAAACACGUGGACAAAAAUGCUAUACGCAUAGGGUUUGUAGAGCGCAAACACACUGUUGCGCUACCUGCUUCGGUUGAAGAGACUUUGAAACAAUACGAAAUCAUAGAAGAAGAACCAACGGCGCCAGACUGGGACUUCUUGUGGAAUGCACACAUCGACGAAGGCAGAGAAAAGGUCUUUUCUCAGCAAGCCUUCAGUGCGCGUCCAAAUUUCUCGCCUCAAGUUAUCACAGAAAGUGAGGAUAUCGUUGCAGUGGCAGAAGCAGCGGUCAAGAUGGUAUUCAGCACCCCCAAUGAACGAUAUGACUCCGAGAGAGCGUCUCAACUUCUUUACAGCGCCGGCGAACACGCAGUUUCGGUAGCCAUCCCGAACUUACUUCGUCGCGGGGUUCUGUCGAAACUAGUACGCGACCCAAAGAAACCAAAACCUGGCCGUACCUUCAAGAUAUCUGAGAUCAACCAAAACGCUCUGGGAGGUACCAUUGCCCAGGAUACAUUCGAGAAUGCUGUCGCUCUUCCUGACGUUUUGAGCGAGGAUGGAUGGGCGGAUUGGCCUCUUGUUGUCGAGGAUGGCGACGUCGCUGGACUACUUCAGCUUGUAUCAGAUGACAAAGUUGACUUCAACUUCGAUUUAAACCAAAAGCACGAAGCUAGGGAGAGACUCGAUUUCAACAGCAAAAAAGCCGACGAUGAGGAUGUCGAGAUAUUAACUCAAGUCCGUCUCAAGCCUAUCCCACAAGAAUUUCCCGACGCCCUCGAACCAUCCCCAGAGGUAGAGUCCGAGAUCCUUGAACCAGUUGCAAUCGAUGGCGUAGACGACGAUCGACACGGGAAAACUCGUGGCGGCGAAGAGGCGACAUGCUGUCGAUCAUCAUUUUAUAGUCUUGUUGACUGUUCUGCCUGCGUGGAUGAGAACAUUGCAAAGUUGACCUCUCAGAUGCCUUCGCCUGAAGUAACGGUAACUUUGCAAAUCGCUGAAGUCGUACGUGAGGCUGGUCAGCAUGGAAUCGAUAGGGAAGGCCUAAAGGUCACAAGCGAUGAUCAAGACUUAUCGUCGUCGGUUGUGGAUAAGAUGGUCACGGCACCAUUUCCUCUCUUGUUUUGGGCCGGUUAUUCCACCGCAACGUUGGUUUCUUGCGACUACCUCCGGGCAUGGACAAUCAUCACCGAUGACGGUCUGAAGACACGCGCGUUUCCACGAAGGUGGUUGGAUAUCAAGGGUGUCAAAGUGACCGCUACCUGGGAGGCUGCACUAAGAGCUGUGAUGGGUGUUGUUCUUUUCCGACCAGGAAUAUCUCAGUUUGAACUACGAUGGCGUUUGAGGGCUGUGUACGACCGCCAAGAGAUUGCAGAGGUCAUGGAACACCUGAAGUACGGUGGUUUCGUGGAGGCGCGUCCCCACACGGCGGAGAUUUCUACGCGUGAUUCUUUAGAAGUUUACGGACUCAAGAAUCUCGGCGACGACGACGGGCGACAUGUGUUCUGGUUUGUUGUCAGCGGGAAGGAGAGGUUUUGGUACGAGCUCGUCUGA